GGGAGCGGAGAGGAUCGCGGAGCCCCGGCACCGCCGGCCGCCGCCCCCGCCCGCGCCCCGGGUCCCUGUCUACCCUCGCGGUCAGCUUCGCUUCCGCACCCCAGGGCCGGGCCGGGGCCGAGACGGGGCGCGGCGACCCCCGCCUGCGCCCUCGCUGGCCGCGAUGAACCCGGGGCUGUGACCCGCCCGCCCCCCCUCUGCCCGGCCUGCCAGGCUCCGCCACCGGGAGGCCGGGCCCCAGCCCAUGGCCCGGAGGUACGACGAGCUGCCCCACUACCCAGGCCUUGCAGACCGCCCGGCAGCCUUGGGUGGCUUCCCCCAGACAGCACCCCUGGCUCCUGGAGCCCCAGGUCCCUACGGCCCACAUCGGCCUCCCCAGCCCCCACCCCCAGGCUUGGACAGUGAAGGGUUGAAGAGGGAGAAGGACGAAAUCUAUGGACACCCACUCUUCCCACUGUUGGCCCUGGUCUUUGAGAAGUGUGAACUGGCCACGUGCUCGCCCCGCGAUGGGGCUGGGGCCGGGCUGAGCACCCCUCCCGGAGGAGACGUCUGCUCCUCGGAUUCCUUCAAUGAGGACAUUGCUGCCUUUGCCAAGCAGAUCCGCUCCGAGAGGCCCCUCUUCUCCUCCAACCCAGAGCUGGACAAUCUGAUGAUCCAGGCCAUCCAGGUGCUUCGCUUCCACCUGCUGGAGCUGGAGAAGGUGAGGGCUUCUAGCCUGCCCCAUGGAGUCUCUCACCCCUUGCCCCUAUGCACCCCAGCCCUGGCCCCCCGGGUGGUCCCCCCCAGUACCCCGGUGCCCCCCCAGGUCCACGACCUGUGCGACAACUUCUGUCACCGCUACAUCACCUGCCUCAAGGGGAAGAUGCCCAUCGACCUGGUCAUCGAGGACCGGGAUGACGGCUGCAGGGAGGACCUGGAGGACUACUCCUGCGCCAGCUUCCCAGACCAGAAUAAUACAUGGAUCCGAGACCAUGAGGACAGCGGGUCUGUACAGCUGGGAACCCCAGGUCCCUCCAGUGGGGGCCUGGCCUCUCACAGUGGGGACAACUCCAGUGACCAAGGAGAUGGGCUGGACACAAGUGUGGCCUCUCCCAGCUCUGGGGGAGAGGACGAGGAGCUGGACCAGGAGCGGCGGCGGAACAAGAAGAGGGGAAUCUUCCCCAAGGUGGCCACCAACAUCAUGAGAGCCUGGUUGUUCCAGCACCUGUCGCACCCGUACCCCUCGGAGGAGCAGAAGAAACAGUUGGCCCAGGACACGGGCCUCACCAUCUUGCAAGUGAACAACUGGUUCAUUAACGCCCGGAGACGCAUCGUGCAGCCCAUGAUCGACCAGUCCAACCGCACAGGGCAGGGCACCGGCUUCAGCCCCGAGGGCCAGCCCGCGGCCGGAUACACGGAGAUUCAGCCGCAGCACGUGACCGUCCGGCAGCAGGGAUCGGCGGGGAUGAGUGUGAAUUUGGAAGGAGAAUGGCAUUAUCUAUAGCAGCUGGAUUCAUUCAUGAGAUGGCCCCAGCCUCCACAUUGUAAGCACCAGCCUUGCACCUAGCUCAUCCUCUCACUUUAGGACUCCAAAGGCCUCUUGGCUCAAACACCUACCUCCCAGGGGCCCCACUGGGACAUGGGGGACACUCCAGGCCCUGCCCCCCUCUUCUGCUUUUGUGCUUGGGACCACGCUGAGACCGGGCCAGGGUUUGCAGAAGAUGGCGGCUGGGGGCCCCACCAACAGGGCAGAGAAGGGAUUGGGGGUGCACUGGGACUGUUGGGGAAGGAGGGUCACCCAGGCUUGACAUUUGGGGAGAUUCUGGUAUCUCCUCACCCCUCCCUUGCCUCCCUCACCUCUCUUCUCUGAUGUCUUCUACUUUUUUUUUUAAUGAUAAAGUCUUAAAAACA